AAGGGAAGGGACAAAAGGACAACCUUUGUUGUCAACCAAAAAGAAGAACAUCUCUCUUCCAAAAACAAUAAAGAAGAACAUCUUUCUGGCCAAACGUUCAACUCCCAGCCAACGCUCGUCUGAGAUUUCUGGGUAGCUGGCUCGGAAGUCCUGGAUUUGAAGAAUGCCGAAUUGGGAGCUGAAGAGCUGUUGCAAGCAUGACCAGGUCGUCUUCUUGGCCACCAUUGGAGUCUUCACCGUUGUCAUCCUCGCGCUUUGGAGGACAAUACUACUCACACCUUUUAAGCUCAUCACGGUCUUCUUGCAUGAAGCAAGCCAUGCAGUUGCUUGCAUACUCACAUGUGGCAAGGUGGAGGGCAUCCAGGUUCACGCAAAUGAGGGUGGGGUGACACAAACACGUGGUGGUAUAUAUUGGUUGAUCUUGCCUGCAGGAUAUCUGGGUUCAUCAUUUUGGGGAAUGGCUUUAAUACUUGCAUCGACAAAUCUCGUUACUGCUCGAAUUGCUGCUGGUUGUCUUGGCGUUGCCUUGCUAGUUGUGCUUUUUGUGGCAAAAAAUUGGACACUUCGAGGACUUUGUAUUGGAUUUAUUGUAUUCCUUGCUAUAGUAUGGGUUCUCCAAGAAUUAACUAAAGUCCGUAUUCUUCGCUAUGUCAUUCUCUUUAUUGGUGUGAUGAACAGUUUGUUCUCAGUUUAUGAUAUAUAUGAUGAUUUAAUAUCUAGAAGGGUCAACUCCAGUGAUGCUGAAAAAUUUGCAGAAAUUUGCCCCUGCCCCUGUACUGGGGUUGGAUGGGGAGUGAUAUGGGGAUUGAUAUCGUUUAUAUUUCUUUCUGCAUCGGUGUAUCUAGGGCUUGUCAUUCUAUCGUGAGGUCCAGGAGAUUUUGGAUCAGUCGUCCCAUAUCCGCCCGGAGAGUCAGCUCUCACUUAUUUUUUCCACUCUCCCUUGAUGAGUAGUUACCUUCAUGGCAUUUUAGCCACAACUGAUUCUUUCAACCCUUUCAUUGUGGGUUACUAUUACACUCUGAUAGUUGUUGUAAAGUUGAUACUGGUGUUUUACACUCAUAACAAAGAUUUAAACAUAUUGAUGUGAAGUUUUUAUACUCUAAACAUAUAGACCGUCUUUUUUUUGAAA